AUGCCUCCCAAACUGCGCGGAUCGCUCUCCAGGAGCUUCGCACGUCCGGCAGACCCUACGGGGGUCUUUUACUGCCCGUCAUGCGCCGUCUGGAGACGCGCAGCCACAACGCGCAGCAGCGGCAACAGCGACAAUCACAGCCGUGGAAGAGGGUCACCAUCAACCUCCGCAUCCACCGUUAAUCACCGGUCUAUCGCGACUUCGCCAGGUAUCAAUGCCCUCCGGAAUGUUCCGGCGCGGUUUCGCGAGCUGUACGAGGCGCUGGACAGGGUGAGAGCCGCGGCGCCGGAACAGGUCAAUCUUAGUCGGAUGCACCUUGCGCUACGCGGGUUGGAGUCGGAGACACCUGUUGUUCGUGUAGCGGUCCUGGGAUUGAAUGAUGCAACCGCUGCGCGCAGACUGGUCCGCUUGUUGCUGGCGGACCCUUUGAAUCCGAGAGAAGACUGGGAGGAUAUACUGGAUGGACACGAUGAGGACUUUUCAAGAGGACUUUUAAUAAGAUAUGGCGAGGCAUCACAGACACUCCCUGGCGAUCUUCUGCCUACGAUUACGGUCCCGUCUCCCGCCUUGAGGAAAGGGAAUAUAGAGAUCCUUGUCUCAACGAUUGGCACGGAGGGAGGCCGCGUCGAUGCCGAAAUUACCGCGGACACGUUUCUCGUUCCUACCAUUGCGAUCCCCACCUCUCAUUCCGGCCGGUACAAUGUGAUCAGGAACCCGGUUCAUAAGACCUUGGUCUGCGGGAAGGGUGCAGACGGGCUGCUGGCAUAUAGCAGCAUGUUUUCGCGCGCCGCUCUGAAAGCGGAUGCCGGGUUGGUUCGUGGCGCCAUUGAACUUGCUGUUGCGGACAAGACGGGUACAGGGAAUGAUCGACUUGCAUUUGUGGAUAUUGAGAAGGCAGAGGUAGCGCUGGCCAAGUUCCGCGAGUCGGUUCGGAACGCAUCGGAAUACGAGCGUGGUUGGAAUACCAGCGGUGUCCAGCCGAUUCUAGAUUGGCUGUCGUCGUCGUCGUCGUCUCAACCGAAGGGUCAUGAAGACGGAGGUCUCAACCCGUUGCUAGAGUCUCUCAUUGUGUCUUUGCUCGAUUCUACAGCGGCAAAGGCUGCUACGCAGGAGGCCGUGCGGGCCAAGGAGAUUGAAGAAGCGGCAAUUCCGGAUACGGUACGUCAGAACCUCGAGCUGUCCGUGACCGCGUGGGCCGAGAAGGCACACACAGAGCUUCGGGACUCGCUGGAGGAAGGGUUCGCCAGCAAGCGGUGGAAGGGUCUUUCCUGGUGGAAGCUGUUCUGGCGUGUCGAUGAUGUGGCCAUGAUUACGUCGGAAAUCCUGGAGAAGAAAUACCUCCAACAGGCGGAAACGGAGGUGAUAUACACUGCAGGCAAACUCCAGCAGGCGGGCCUGCUUGACAUGCCAGAAAAGCAGCAAUCUGCAUUCAAUUCAAGCAUCGAAGAAGCCGGUGCAGAACGCACAGAGGAAAACCCUGCUUUGCCGCCUGAAAUUCCUCCCUGGCCAACCCAUGUCACGACAAGUCGCGCCCGGCUACUUAAUGAGACCGUUCCGUCACUGCAAGCACUCGCACAGAACCUCGUCCUAUUCAGCGCCUCAACAACCACAUUGACCUCCGCCCUCUCAGCCCUGACCUAUGUGUCUUUCCCCGUGACAACUGUCUCGGAGGCCUGCACGUUCGCUGCCGUGGGGUUUAUUUACUCGCUGCGCCGCCAGCAAAAGAAAUGGGACACGGCGCGAGAGUUCUGGGAGACUGAAGUCCGCGAGGAAGGCCGGACCGCCCUGCUCGAGACGGAGGCAAGCCUGCGCCACACAGUCAGUGAAGGAGGGCUGCCCAGGACAGAUGAUGUUCCCGGGAACAAGAUGAGGGAAUCCAUCGACCGAGCACGAACAGCCCUCGCGCAAGUAAAAUAG